GGUCUAGGAUUUCACCUACACCACCCCACAACCUUCACCGGGACAACCACCACCACCAAAAAAAAAAUCGAAUAUCGUACCCAACAAAAAUCGCAAAAAAUGGAAAGAAAAUCUCCAGGGUCCACUAGAAAGGCCAGAAUCCCCAAGCACAUCACGAAAAUUUCCAUGACCUCCGAUAAGUACUAUGAGCUUAAGGUUUAUAUUAAGUCUAUCGUCGUCCCCGGCACCCCGGCUUUCGAAUUUAGGCGUCUAGGCAACGGCACAAACAAGAAAUCCUACUACAUCUGGCUCCAUAAGACUCUUGAGCAGAUUGGGCCUAGUUUUUUUCCGAGCGGCAAGAGGGGGUUGGUCUGGCCUGAGGAUUACGAUCAGUAUGUUUUUUUCUUUACAUGGUUUUACCUUGUUCUAAGUUUGUGAUUUUCUAAAGGACAUUACCAUUGGCUAACAUUCGUAUAAUAUAAUAGGAUUUACAAGGCUGUCCAUCAGGUUGUGCGUGUCCUGAGCAUUGGGAUUAGGAAGAAUUAUUACAGGAGGAACCCGAGAGCUGUUCAAAAGGGAAGUAGCGAUGAUGAGAUGGAAGUGGUACAAGAUGAGGAACCCCAUGGAGGGGCCGCUGGUGAUACUGAUACUGAGGAAGACUUUGCGGCGCUCGAUGAAGAUGUGAGAUAUGCACAAUGGGAGGAGGAAGAAGAGAGGAUGAGGGAGAUUCUGGAGGCUGCGGACCGGGAUAAUCAGGACGAUGAUACAGUGGAGGAAGGCAUGGAUGCGGAGCCUAUCGAGCUUGAAGACCUGCUUGGGUUAAUGAGGGUAUGCCCCCAAGUGCUCUCGACUGCGAUUUCCGGUAUUUUCAGAAUCUAACAACUAUCCACCAUAGCCCGAGGUGUUUGCCCAUUUCCCCAAUUUUGAUGAUGAAUAUUUCGAUUGGGAUGAAAUCCUGGACCCUAGCAGCCCAGAACCGGUACGUUAUCUUGCCAAUUCCUGUCCGUCACUGCGGAGCGUUGAGGCUAAAUACUUGCGUCCAGAUUGCCCGCCUUCUCUUGUUGCUUUCCUAAUUUGGCAUCGGUGCUAUUCAUCUUUGAUUAGACACAUUAAGCGGCGCUUGUUUUUGUGGGGCAUGAGUAAAUAGGGCCAUGGAACUGUGCUUGUCUUAUUAUUCUAGACACUAGAGGCUCGAUACAAAUAAACUGCUCCUGUAUUUCUAGUUGAACCCAAUUCGAUCUUCACUUCUAUCAACAGUCUGUGGAGUUUCCUUGG